CGUCUAAACGGCAACACAACGAACCGAGCAACAAAUAACAUAAGUGAUAAAGCGGUGCGCUUUUGUUUUCGUACGAUCCCGUUAAUGUUGUGUGUGGAUUGAUUAAUUUUUUUCUGUUAACGAAGAAGAAAUUCAUUUUUGGUUAUAACUGAAAAGAGAAAGUGCAUUCGAUUGAAAGUGUGCAAGUUCAAAGUUCGCAACUCGAGACCGAAACACAAACAAACAAAACAAAAACAAGCGAAAGCUGAAAAGUUACAUAAUUAACAAAAGAAGGACUUUGAAACCUUAAAUCAAAUUUUUUAAUUAACCUCCAGAAAUAAUAAAAAAAAGUGUUUUGCAAAAAUGUCACAAAAGAGAGCAAUUUUCGGUGUCUUGUGCCUAAUCACAGUUGCUGCCGCCCUACCCGCCGAGGAGACACGUGGUCACGCACGCAAUGCCGUCAGCGGCGAUAACGACAUUAUGGAUAGCAUCUAUAGCGAUUGCCUGCGCAAGGAUUCGGUGUCGUGUGUGAAAUACAAGCUCUUCAACUUUGUCGACAAAGUGCUCUCCGCUCGCGAGCAAUUCUCGCUGACCGAUGGUGUUACAGUGGUGCGCUCACCCGAUGCGCCCGUUAAUGAAGCGGCACGCUCCAUCUCCGGCGAUGAGUCAUUUGAAUCGCUUGCACUCAAUCGCAUUUCUGGCUUCUUGAAUACACACACCAUUAAGGUUGAAUUGAAGGGCGCCGAUAUUGUACAGGCUGUCAGCUCGACCGGUCGUGCGCUCGAAGAUGUUUCCGAAUCAUUGUUCGGCGGUAACGAUGAUCCCAAUGCGCCUGAGGAGAGCCGUGGCAAGAAGAAGAAGGCUGCUAAAAUUUUGGGCCCCAUUCUUGCUUUGGUUGCGCUGAAAGCGGCCGCUCUUCUGCCACUCUUGUUGGGUGCCAUCGCUUUGAUUGCCGGUAAAGCCUUGCUCAUCGGUAAAAUCGCCUUGGUACUAUCGGCUGUUAUUGGUUUGAAGAAACUCUUGUCCCAAGAGAAACAUGUCACCUACGAAGUUGUCGCACACCCACACCACAGCUCAUCACACUCCGUCAGCCACGACUCGUACGGCAGCGGGUACAGCGCUGAUGCUGGCGCUUCUGGUUCAUACGGCAGCUCUGGCCAUGGCGGCUGGGGACGCUCGUUGGACGCACAAGACUUGGCUUAUGCUGCACAAAAGCCACAAGCAUAAGGUGCUGCAGCGAAUUUGGGGUAAACGAAUAGACGGGACAUUUAGACAUUUGAUAGGGAGUUAAAAAGGAAUAAACAAAUUGAAAAAUAAACCCAACGACCAGCGACGAAGAAACAAACAUUGAUUCGUAAUACGAUUUGGUAUAGUGGACUGGCGUAACGGUCAGCGGUAGUGAAGAGAAAAGACGACAACAACAACUGGUGCAGCUGCAUUGCAAACAACAUGACAUUAUUUGGGUUAAAGCGCGCCGCAGCCACGAUCGCAACGCGUUACUUGUGACACAACGACCACAAAAAAAUAUACAAACAAAAACACAUUUUAAUUAUAUUAAUUUAUUUUCUAAUUAAUUUAUUUAA